CCAACGGACUACACGGAUGUCGACCGUCCAACAGGGCAGGCGGGCGCGCGUCUACCUGGGGUAAUUAGUGGUCCGCAAUGGCAUUGGCAAGAGAGGACGAACAAGGGCUCGUUUGCUUCCAACAUCCACCUGAGCUGUGUUCAACUGUUGGUCGCCCCCAAAGAAACGAACGACCCCGGUCACACUCCUCGAUCGGAAGAGGCGCGUUUGCCUGUACAUCCAUUCUGUCAUACUCGAGGCUGAUUUCACUUUCUUUCUCCUUUUCUUUUCUGUUCAUUUCCUUCCUCAUUUUCUACAACCUCUGGCCCCUUCCCUGGACCACGAUGAUAAUGCUCGAUCCUUCAUGAGCAAAUCAUGGCGAAAAGGAUACACAGCACUAUCGCACAGGCCGGCGUAGUGUGCCUGUUGCUCAUCAGCUUGCUCGUCGCAUAUGAUCUUUUCUCGGGGCGCGCAUAUUUUGACAUCGCGUACAAGCCAUUCCGAAAGCCAAACCCGACCGAAGCAGCGCACGGAGCAGCUCCACACGAUGGAGAAAAUCAGACGAACACCGCCGUAACAUCGCUGGCGAUCGCGCCGUCGCAUACGCCACUACCCCCGAUUUCUACCCCGACGCCGACACCACCGCCGGUGCCAUCCCCAGAUGUUGGCGGCGGCGCCAGCUCCACAGUGCCGGACGCCAACCCGGAGCACCUCAAAAACGCACCGCUCUACAUCGCCUCGAUCCUCGACCCAGACGACAAAUCUCUGCCCAGGCUGGACUGCCCUCGCCCCGACAUUUCACGCUACCAGUACCUUAAGCCAGGCACCACACUCAAGAAACCCAAAUUCUUCAUCGCCCUCAACAUCCGUGAGAAGGCCGACCUACUCCCGCGACUCCUAGGCUCCAUCGUGGAGGCCCUCCACUUCUUGGGCCCGGAGAACUGUGUCCUCUCGAUAGUGGAGGGUAACUCGGGCGACGGCACCUACGAGAUCCUCCACCUCCUCCGUCCGGAAAUCGAAAAACUCGGCACAGAGUAUCACUUCUCCCGCAGCGACCUCGACCCCGGCGCGGGCGACCGCAUCCCCAAACUUGCCGAGCUGCGCAACAUGGCUCUCGCGCCCCUCGUCUCCGGCGGGCCAGGCAAGUACGCCGCCGACGCAGUAGUUCUCUUCCUCAACGACGUGGCUAUUUGCCUAGAAGACAUUCUCGAACUCGCGCACCAACGCUUAUACCUGGGCGCCGACAUGACGUGCGGCUUCGACUGGACCUACGUCGGCCCCGAUCCGACCUUUUACGACGUGUGGAUCAGCCGCACCAUUGCGGGUGAUUCCUUUUUCGAGAUCCCGGCUGACGGCAACUGGAACUCUGCGUGGAACAUCUUCUGGAACGAGGAUACCUCGCGCCGGCGCUUCUUCGACCACAAGCCGCUGCAGGUCUUUUCGUGCUGGAAUGGGGCCGUUGCGAUGACGGCGAGGCCGUUGCUGGAUCGGCUUGUUAGUUUUCGGGGGCCCGGGCCGGGGGAGUGUUUCCAGGGCGAGCCGCAGCUUUUCUGUAAGGAUCUGUGGAAUGCCGGGUUCGGUAAGAUUGCGGUGGUGCCGAGCGUCAACUUAGAGUACAGUGACGAGGCUGGGAGGAAGAUUAAGGCGGCAAAGGGGUAUACCAGUCAGUGGGUAGGAGGCGAGGACGAGGUGCAAGACUUCAGGGUGGAGUGGAAGGCUGAUCCGCCUGAGAAGGUGAAGUGUAUGGCGAGUUAUGAUAAGCAGACGUGGGAGCCUUGGAACCAAGCGCUGGAGUAA